CCUGAUUCUUUGAAAAAUAUGGCUAAAAAGGCUUAUUCGUCAAAGUCAGUUUAUAUCACAGAUUCUGCCUCUGAACAAUAUGAUGAUAGAGGUAGAAGCCAGAAAAGAACAUUUGAUAAUGGAUCUCAAUUGGAAAAAUCAUAA